AUGCCUAAUUUUUCACUUGGACUUGCUCUUGGUCUAACACAAGAGUUUCAGGAAGGAGAUGAAAAAAUUGAUGAGGAAGGAUGUUAUGAUUCAAAAGCAACAGGAGAUGACAACAAUAUCUUGGGAAUUAAAGAUGAUGAAGAGGGAAGAAGAGAUGUAGGAAAAUGGUUUAAAAAACCAUCAAUGUAUGCAUCUUCUCCUUAUAAUCAAAAAAAGAAAAACCUAGAGGAACCAACAUUUGAUGUAAUUGACAACAUGAAUUUAGUUGCAAAUUUUUCAAGAGCUUAUCGUGAUGCACUUGAUGAAUUGAAACUACUACUUAGUAGCUACGUGAUGAGUGUCAACCACAAGUCAACUUUAAAUUUGGAGGGUGUUCAACCAUAA